AAGUGUUGCACACGCAGAAAGCCGCCAAGUUCAACCAAACACACCGGUUCAUUUUUUCUCUGCUCUCUGUGGCCGGUUGCCGUCGGUUGGAGUCGCUGUCAGUGUGAGCAGAUGUACCUCAUCAACUCGGGGCGCGGGAACAGCUGCAGCGGAUUGUGUCUCUCUGUUUUUUUCCUCCUCUCCUCGAAGCUAUGCAGCGACGCUACGCGGAGGUGCCUCCUAUAGGCGGGACUGGGAGGUUGUGUGCUGAGCGGUUCGCUAGCUGUCUAGUCUACCCGUAGUGUGUGUCACUGCGGCGGUUCUGGCAAACCGACUCUUGACUUCAGCGACUGGUGGUCCAGUUUUGAGUUGUAAUUAACUCUUUCUGGAAGUGACACUCUCGGUGCGCCGUCAGCUUUGUAUUCAUUUUGCGUUCCACCCUCACACCCACCGCAUGAGUGUGUGGAUUUCAGAUCGAGCUGUUCUGUUCUGCUGUCUCGCGCUGUGAUGGAUGCGGGUGCAUGCCACUUGUGGCGCGCGCGCGUGUGUGUGUUAAUGUGAGGCUUUUAGGUUCUAACGCACAGGACCGCAGCAGCAAGGGGCCAGACACCUCUCGGACAACACUUCAAUCUCCACUCCGAGCCCUCGUCCACAGCGGACCGCCACCGGUGCAAGGAGCCGAAGAGCCCCGAGCGUCCCAAAGUUUGAAGGGGGAGUGUGCUGUGCGGCUCUUGGCUACGCUACGCUACGCUACGCUAAGCUACGCUAAGCUACGUUCUGUGUGGCGGUGCGGUGCGGUGCGGUGAGGUGGUGGACCUAUUUUGGGAGAUUGAAGACUGGCACGGCACGGAGUCGAGAAGAGGAAGAGGAAGAAGAGGAAGUGAACGGAGAGAGAGACAAGAUGGAGUCUGUGGCGCAGGAACCGCAGGAGCAGCCACCCACCGUCGACGAGCUGGUGGACGCCUGCAUCCAGGCCUUUGAUGAGGAGGGGGCAGUGAAGGACUCAUCGGUGGUGCGCAUGUUUCUGAUGAUGCAUCCGUGGUAUCUGCCCUCCACGGACCUGGCCAAGAAACUGCUGCUCAAAUCGCAGGAGGAGGGAUGCACAGACGACGUGAGGUCCCAGAUAUGCCAUCUCGUCAAGUACUGGAUAGCUGAGUUUCCAGUGGAGUUUAAUCUGAACCAUGAACUGGCUGAUCAGAUCAAAGACCUCAGAGAGCUUCUUAGCACUGAGGGGAACGAACAGCAGAGCCAGCUCAUCGAUGUGGAGAGUGUGCCCUCGUACAAGUGGAAGCGGCAGGUGACCCAGCGCGUGCCGUCCCUGUCCAAGAAGAGGAAGAUGUCCCUCCUCUUCGACCACCUGGACUCCUGCGAGCUGGCCGACCACCUGACCUACCUGGAGUACAAGUCCUUCUGCAAGAUACUGUUCCAGGACUACCACAGCUUUGUGAUGCACGGCUGCACGGUGGACAACCCCAUCCUGGAGCGCUUCAUCACCCUGUUCAACAGCGUGUCCCAGUGGAUCCAGCUGAUGGUGCUCAGCAAGCCCACCGCCCCGCAGAGGGCCGCCGUCAUCUCCAGCUUCAUCCACGUGGCACAGAAACUGCUGCAGCUGCAGAACUUUAACACGCUGAUGGCUGUGGUGGGAGGCCUGAGCAACAGCUCCAUCUCCAGGCUCAAGGACACACAAUCGCACAUCAGCAACGACACCAACAAGAUCUUCAAUAGCCUGAUCGAGCUGGUGUCCUCGUGCGGGAACUACAGCCAGUACCGCAGGAGGUUCUCCGAGUGUUCUGGUUUCCGGUUCCCCAUCCUGGGCGUGCACCUGAAGGACCUGAUCGCGGUGCACGUGGCGCUGCCUGACUGGGCGGACCGGGACAAGAGCCGGGUCAACCUGACCAAGACCCAGCAGCUGUACAGCAUCCUGCAGGAGCUGGCCCUCGUGCAGACCACACCGCCCUCCAUGGAGGCCAACACCGACCUGCUCAACCUGCUCACGGUGUCUCUUGACCAGUACCACACAGAGGAGGAGAUCUACCAGAUGUCUCUCCAGCGAGAGCCUCGUAAAGGCUCGAGCUCCACUCCGACGGCCAACCCUGCACCGAAGCCCUCGAUGAUUGAUGAGUGGGCGAUGUCGGUGAAGCCCAAGGCGGACCCCGCCAUCAUCACCAAGCACAUCGAGAAGAUGGUGGAGUCCGUGUUCAAGAACUUCGACACGGACGGAGACGGCUACAUCUCCCAGGAGGAGUUUGAGAUCAUCAGGAAUAAUUUCCCGUACUUGAGCAAGUUUGGAGAGCUCGACAAGAACCAGGAUGGAAAGAUCAGCCGAGAGGAGAUGAUUGAUUACUUCAUGAAAGCCAGCUCUCUGCUCAACUGUAAGAUGGGCUUCAUCCACAGCUUCACAGAGACCACCUACGUCAAGCCCACCUUCUGUGAGCACUGCGCCGGCUUUAUAUGGGGUUUCUAUAAACAAGGCUACAAGUGCAAAGUGUGUGGGGUGAACUGCCAUAAGGCGUGUCGUGGGCGUCUGGCGGUAGAGUGCCGUAAGAGAACCAAGAGCAUCAGCCACGAGACACCACCCGCUCUACAGGCCCGGUCAUACAGCUUCCCCCCGCCCUCUAAUGCACCAGCUAACCUGCAGCAUACAGUUAUCGCUGAGGAGGAUAUUGAGGCAGUGGAGGAGGGCGUGUUUGAUGUCCAUCUAUAACCAAAAAUAUAGCUGUGGCUUUCUGCCCAGAAUAUGAAGGGAACAAUCACAUAACCUAAGACAGAAAGAACUUUUACAUAAUUCAACCUGCCAGAAGCUUUGCUGAGGCUAGUUUGGAAACACUUUGGUGCUUCUAGGCAGGGAGGUGUCAACUGUUAUGCGAGCUGACACCCUUUGGCCUACUGACAAGCGAGUACAGCAGCCAGUUAGCACGCUAUCCCCACCCAGCAAAAGCAUUUAGCAUAUUAGGCUAGCAGUGUGCUACGUUUCUGAUGACUCAGCAUGGAGAUGUACCUGCUAGCCCGCGACUCUUCCUUAUGAUAGGAGUUGGAGACAGCCACCACUAUUUAGCCUGAUAGCUGGAGGGAGGAAGUCUACUGAGAGUGCCCAUAAACACUUGUGCAUCGCCCUCUGGUGGACAGCGACUGAAACUACACAUGGACUUCCUCUUUCUCCAGUUAAGCUGGUAGAUUUCCCCCUCUGGAAUGUGAAAAUGAAUGCAUUUGUAUUUGUAAUAUCAGUACCUUUGUGUUAAAAUGUGUUUAAAUUUGUGGACAGAUUCUGUAUUGCUGUGAAUGUUAUUUGCUGUUUUUCUGUUUAUCACUUUAAACCCUAACUAUCCAGACCAAAAUGCUAUCAGUCUACCAGUGGGAAAGGCUCUCUUUUUUAGUCACAGGAAGUUGUGUAACUUUGUGUGCUAUUUUCAGUACAGUUUUUUUGGAAUAUUCUCCAAGACUCAAAUGGUGCUGUGUGUCUUUGUGCCAAGAAUGUGUUGGGGAUGAACCUGACUCAGAUCUAUUUAAGCUUUCUCUGUGUGUGUGUGUGUGUGUGUGUGUGUGUUCUGUAUGAGAAUGUAUUUGGGAUGAAUGUGACUCUUUGAUCUAUUCCAGCUCUUGUGGACGAGUUAGUCGACAUUUUGUGGACCGUGAAUAUGAUGGCUUUCAAGGGAAAGUGUGUGUGUGUGUGUGUGUGUGUGUGUGUGUGUGUGUGUGUGUGUGUGUGUGUGUGUGUGUGUGUGUGUGUGUGUGUGUGUGUGUGUGUGUGUGUGUGAGCAUUGUUUGUGUCUAUGGUUGUGCGUGCGUGCGUGUGUGUCUAUGGUUGUGCGUGUGUGUGUGUGUGUGUGUGUGUGUGUGUGUGUGUGUCUGUGUGUGUGUGUGUGCGUGGUGUUUGUGUGUGUGUGUGUGCAGCACCAGUCCUCUGUACAUACAUCCCCAAUGCAGUAGCAUCAGAAAACAAACAAACAAAAAUACUCUCUGCAAUCUCAACAUAUUUUAAAUAUUUGCCAGCUUAACAAUGUUAUAAUUAAUAACAUGAGUUAUUCGUUUGUGCUGUGCUAUUUGGUUUAUUAUGAUGGAAUUUUAAAAUCUGAAAUGAAAUAUGUCAGGCUACAAGUUACCUGUGUUUUUAUUCCAAAUAUUGAAUAUUGUUCUGAGAAUUUGAACUAUUCUAUCCUGUUUUUGUAGUACAAGUACCUGUUACAAUGCAUGUACUGGUUACAUUUUCUCUACAGUAUCUGGUGUGCACUGAUGUUUAUUUUGCCAAAUAUAUUUUGUACAUAUGAUCAUGUAUUUGUUAAAGGGAAUGGUUGUGAUUAGACAAUAUGUCAGCAUUUUUCUUUCUCUCAGAAUGUUCUGUACAGUACUGCUCACAUAUCACUGCUAUAUUAUUAUAUACUGUUGUAAACACAUCGAAUAAACACAUUCAGAGCGUUGA